AGAAAUUUUAUAACUUAGUAUGAUAUAUUCUGUCCAUCGCUAAAAAUCAAUUUUUCAUCUUGAGUCAAAUGACUCUAUUUUUGAAGUGAUCGAGAACAUUUUAGCAGGAACUUUACCAGUGUUUACUUCGAACUCAAAAUGGCAAGAGUAAAAAUAACAAAGAAAUCCGAAAAAAGAAAAGAAUUAUUCCCGUCAGGUGUUCAGUCUAAUAAAGUGGGUAAAAAGAAAAAAGUUAAAAAUCUAGCAAAAGACUUGAAGGAGGGGAAAUCUCAGAACUUGGGCGUGGUAAAAUCUUCCCUUGGUCAGUCAGGAAGAAACCAAUCGAGCACCAAAAUUACAGAUAGAACCCAUGGAACAGAUGGGUUACUGUUUGCUGAAGAAGACACGAGGAAAGUCAUUUUCACAAAAGACCAGAUGGAAAACUGGAAGCCAAUGUCCGAAGAGUUGUUUGACAAUGUCGCCAAAAUUAUUGGAACUUCAAAACAGUUUAUUCUGAAUAAGUCCAUUGGUCUUUAUUAUGACAGUGUGAAAACAGCUAUGAAUUUGUCCGAGAAAAGAUUGUUGGGAGGAUUAAAAAAUCUGAAAGUACCACAUCAACAAGGAAAAAGAUCCCCUCAACACUUUGAGGGUUCUGCAGCUGAAGAUCUUGAUAAAUUGGAAUUGCAUGGAUGUGAAUUGGAAUUUAAAAUUUCAAAACAAAAUGAUGCAUGUGACCAACUUCAAGAGGAUUUAGAAAAAUUGAAGGCUUGCCAGGAAAGCUCAGAAGUUCACCCAUUGCUACAAAGAGACUUUACACCCUCCCUAAAGCUUCCCAAGGUUAAAAAAAUGGAAACAUGAGAUAUGUUGGACUUGAGCAUUUAAUUUAAGAACUAAUUUAACAAAAAUAUCCUGAAUCCUGGGAUAUUAUACACUUACUUUGAAACUGAGCAGGUAAUCUAACAGAAAUAAUGAAGCAAUACCUUGUGGUGGAAUCAUUUAUGUAGCAACAGUUUAAACACUGCGGAUUUGGGCUGACUGUCAACAAAAAGCCAUUUUCUUAACAAGACAUGAUCUUAAUUCAAAACCUCAGUGACCAUUUGAAAUUGGUUUUAUUAGUAAAAUAUGUUUUAGAUCAUACAUUUACUUUUGAAUGUAUCACACAUUUCAAAUACAUGUAUUUGUAUGUAUAAAAAAAUGUCAUUUAAUAUUAAAUUGCAGAAAAACAA